GUGCUGGCGGAGGAUGCGGCGCUCGGGGUCGGGGACCGCUGCAGAGUAACCAACGCCAUGGCUGGAAGCUGAGGAUGCACCGGCCGGCCGCUGGGCCUGUGUGUGUGAAGCAGUAAAUCCUAACUUGGUAGUUCUGCAGCCUACACCACUGUGGUGGGCGGAGUCAAACACAUGGCCCCGCCCCUCACUUGGCUGUCAGAGGGUCCAGAGCAGCUGCUGACUCCGCCCCCUCUAACCACGUGACAGCUGGACCAGUGCGUGACUCUCACUGUGAGUGGACAAACUUCAACAAAUCCUGCAGAGCUGCUCAACGCUUCACCGAAGUCCAGACAUGCGGGUUGCAGUGAUUGGCGCUGGAGUCAUCGGCCUGUCAACGGCUCAGAGCAUCUAUGAGCAGUAUCACUCCAUCAUCAGUCCGCUGACCAUCGAGGUGUACGCGGACCGUUUCACUCCACUGACCACCAGCGACGGAGCUGCUGGCUUCUGGCAGCCGUAUCUCUACGAUAAGGGCAACGUCCAGGAGACAAAAUGGAAUAAAGAGACAUUCGACUACUUGCUGAGCACGCUCAGUUCACCAGAGUGUGUAAAAAUGGGGGUAUUCCUUCAGUCUGGCUACAACCUCUGCACCAAACCAGCCCCGGAACCCUCGUUCAAAGAUACCGUCCUGGGCUUCAGACGCCUCACAGAGCGAGAGCUGCAGAUGUUCCCCGGAUACAAUUUUGGUUGGUUCAACACCGCUCUCAUGGUGGAAGGUAAAACAUACCUGCCCUGGCUGAUGGAGUGGUUGGAAAAAAGGGGUGUGAGGUUUUAUCAGCGGAAAAUAGAGUCCUUCAAGGAGCUGGCAGAAUCCGGGGCAGACGUGGUAAUAAACUGCACUGGAAUGAGAUCAGGGGAGCUGCAGCCGGAUCCUGACCUCAAACCAGGCCGCGGUCAGAUAGUGAAGGUGGACGCUCCGUGGCUCAAGCACUGGAUUCUCACCCACAACUUUUCAGCAGGAGUCUACAAUUCACCGUACAUCAUUCCAGGGAGUCGUCUCGUGACAGUCGGCGGCAUUUUUCAGGUAGGAAACUGGAGCGAACAGAACAACUCCAUCGACCAUAAACACAUCUGGGAGAACGCUUGCCGACUGGAGCCGAGUCUCAAGCAUGCCAGGAUAGUGGAGGACUGGUCCGGCCUCAGGCCCGUUCGCAGCAAAGUCCGACUGGAGAGAGAGACCAUAAAGACCGGUGCAACUUCAAUAGAGGUGAUACACAACUACGGCCACGGAGGGUUCGGACUCACCAUUCAUAGAGGCUGCGCCCAGGAGGCAGCGAGGCUCUUCGGCCAGAUUGUGGAACAAAAAGGCAAAGGUCCAAAAGCUCGCUUGUGAAUGUUCGUCCUGGAGAAAUGAUCGGUGCUUCUUUUAUAACGUUUAAUGUCAGUGCCUUGCAUCACACCUCUUCUAGCCUGUAACUAACGUUUAAAAGCACACAGAUAUUCUUAUCAUCAUAUCACAAGAUAAUUACACCACUUUAAAUUUGCGCUAAUUCAUGUAAGUUGAGGUUUUUUCUUUACCCCUGCCACACUUUCUCUCACCAAGUUUCAUGAAAAUCAGGAUGGGAGUUUCUCCUGCUGGCAAACAAACAAACAAGCUGGACCAAAACCAGAACCUUCUUGGCUGAUAUUAGAAAUAAAGACCAGGCCAACGUCAAUAAUAGGGACUGAAAACUUCAAAUAUCAGUGCAGCGAUCCCUCUGAAGUGAUUAUCAGACACUUGAUCACACACUGGAUCAUACUUGUUUUUGGGUCCGAUGUCGAGAUUUCCUUUGUUUUCUGGUUUAAUGAAAUGACCUUGAAUCCUCAGAACACGAGUCAAUUAGUCGUUUGCUUUUGUUAUAGUGAUUAUUAAACACUAAUGACAAAUAUGUGACAGAGGCAGGAAUAUUUGACAGUAGAACAAUAAACUUUAUCAUCUAAAUUUAACAUCAGUGACUGAAACCGUAAAGUUAACCAGGAAUUAAACAUUUAUAAAUUACUCCGCACAUCUUUUCUGCAUGUUAAUAUGUAAAAAAAUGUUCAUAACAACACUGAUAUUCAUAAAUCUUUAAUAUGAACGUAUCAUCUUUAAAAUCGUUCGACCAAUAUAUUGAUCAAGCUCUGGUUAAUAUGUAGAGAUGUGCUCAUCUCUAGUAAUCUCAUUAAUGAAUAACGACAUGAUCCACUCUUCUUUUUGAAAGAUUAUUUACUAUAGUAUCAUACACAUUUACAUCCAGUGUGUUGACAAGAAUCUGUGCACACACACACACCCACACACACACACACUCAAUUCAACACUAAAUCUCAAACACUGGCAGGUAAGACUCGCUGGAAGCUGUACUAGUUAAUCUCUUCUUUUCAAAACACAAGACCUUGCUCGGUGUGGCUGCUCGGGGCGAAGUCCACAUCACCUUUUUGUUACCAACAAAAAGCAAAGACAACAACUAAACCAGGAAUUGGUACAUUAUUUACAGAGAGACAGAACGUAACAUCUCGCUAAAUGGCCGCGUAUGAACGUGUAGAUUAAGAGAUGCAGCGUGUACUCAUGAUGAUAUCGUUUUCUAAAAUCAUGUUAUUCUUACUAAGUAGGUUGAGUCAGCUUUGAGAGAUGGAAAUACUCCGAUUUAGAUUUUUCUAAUACUUCACCGUGAACUUGUUGUCCGUCCUGGUGUCUGUGGAUUUGUUCCAGUUGUGCCAUAAUUAUGAAUUACGGUCGAUUUUUUUAAAUGUCGAUGACAUUGUAAUGCUCUGAUGAAGCCUUCCGCAGAUUGUUGUAAAUAAAAUGACCACAUGAUGAAUCGAGA